AUGCCGAAGAAGGUGUCGUACAAGCUGAAGAUUCGCAACACCAUCCUUGCGUCUCUCAACCGCGCCGACAAGUUCCUGCAGAACUUUGUGCUGGAAAAGCACGCCGAUCAGGUGCAGUCGCGGCUCGAUGCGGUCAACCAGGCCUGGGCGGAGUUCGAGGCGCUCCAGCUUGAGAUCGAGACCAUCGAGGAGGAGGACCUCAAGGAAGAGGAUGAUGCCACAGCCAUGGAGGAGGAACAUGAGCGAGUCCGAGAGCAGUUCGAGGGGUUGUACCAUAAGUCCCUCAUCCACGAAAACGUUGAUUUGACCGCGAUUCAGAAGUUCCACUACUUGCGAGACUGUCUUAUCGGUGAGGCCAAGAAGAUGAUCAACUCGAGUGAGUUCAGCGCCAAGAGCUACCAGGUGGUCUGGAACUUGUUGGUCAAGCGACAUGCCAACAAGUAUCUCCAGAAGAAGCGCUAUGUCAACGGGUUGCUUCAGUUUCCGCGAGUGAAAGGGGUGUCGUCGAGUAGCAUCCACGACGUGGUGGAUUACUUCAGCCGUUGUACGCAGAUUCUGGACCAGUUGGGCGAAGUGACCGGUGGCUGGGGCGUGAUGCUGACGCAGUUGUUGGUGUCGAAGCUGGAUGACGUGACGCAGAAGGAAUGGGAGGCGUUGGCAGCCAAGAAGGAGGACCCGCAGUUCACCGACGUGAUAGCGUUCCUGGAGGAGCGGACGAAGGUCUUGGAUGCGGUCGCAGUUGAUCAGCUGUUGGGCAGUCAGCGUGGUUCUCCCUCCGUGUCUUCAGUUCCAGCAGCCCAGCCCAAGAAAUCUUUCCCGAAGCUGACAGUGAACGCCGCUUCCGACUCUUCCUCUCCGAAGUGCAGGAUGUGUAGCGGCCCACACUCGCUUUCGAGCUGUUCGGACUUCAAGAAGUUGUCACUGGAUGGUCGUAACAGGCUGGUGUUGUCGAAGAGGCUCUGCAGAAAUUGUCUGUGGGGUGGCCAUUUCGUGAGGGACUGCAUUGUCAGAAGUCGCUGCUCCAGUUGCAGCGAGAAGCACAACACAUUGUUGCAUCCUGUUGGUAGACCUGGUUCCGGUUCCACUCCGAACGCUGCGGUAACGGGAGAUUCACAGGAGGGUGGUUCGCGUUCCUCGACGGCGCCGGCAGCUCAAACGCAAGCGGUGACGAGUUUGGUGGCCACAAUUUACGCUGCAAAUGUGGCAGCGGAGUCGCGGAAGGUCCACGUGUUCCUGUCGACGGUGCUCGUGGCAGUGAAGGAUUGCCAUGGCCGGUUGCACACCGCAAGAGCGUUGCUCGAUAGAGGGUCGCAGGCGAAUCUGAUCAGUGAGCGACUGUGUCAGAUCUUGAGAUUGCCGCGGAAGAAGGUGAGCGUGCCGAUCUCCGGCGUCGGAAGUUCCCGUAUGCAGGUUUAUAGCUCGGCGAUUGUCUCCUCGCGUGUCACCAACUAUACGGUCCCGAUGGAGUGUCUGGUGCUGAAGAAGGUGACGGAGGACCAGCCGUCAGCCACAAUUCCGAUCGACCAGUGGAACUUGCCCUCUGACAUGGUGUUGGGGGAUCCCGGAUUCCACAAGCGAGCUCCAAUCGAUUUGCUGUUAGGGCUGGAGUUCUUCUACGAGUUCCUGUUGCUGAAUGGUGGCCGGGUGCAGAUCCAGCGGCCGGGAGAAGGUCUUCCGCUGUUCGUGAACACGGUUUUCGGUUGGAUAGCUGCGGGAAAGACCGAUCUGGGGAGUCUAAACCCCGUCCCGAGCUGUCACGUCUCCGUCAAUGCGACCCUGGAGGAGAAGAUCGAGCGUUUUUGGACGAUUGAGGAGCUGCAGGAGGCACCGAAGCGGUCACAAGAGGAACAGGACUGUGAGGAGCAUUUUCAGGCCACGUUUUCACGCGACGUCACGGGUCGAUACGUGGUGCGACUUCCGAAGCGCAUGGGUUUCGAGAAGAUGGUCGGCGAAUCGCGAAAUAUGGCGGUGCGGCCGCUGAUGCAGUUGGAGCGGAGGCUGGGCAAGGACGAAAGCUUGCGAAAGCGGUACAACGAGGCGAUUCAGGCGUACUUGGAUCAGGACCACAUGAAGGUUGUUUCGGAGGAGGAGUUGAAGGGCGACAAGCGGCUUGAAUGCUACCUGCCUCACCAUCCGGUCUUCAAGGAGUCCAGCACGACGACGAAGAUCCGGCCCGUGUUCGAUGGUUCUGCCAAGACGACGUCGAAUUUCUCGCUGAACGAGGCGCUGAUGAUUGGUCCGGUUCUCCAGGACCCGUUGUUCGAUUUGGUGUUGCGCUUUCGGAAGAAGCAGGUAGCCCUGGUUGCGGACAUCGAGAAGAUGUACCUGCAGGUUAAGGUCCAUCCGGACGAUACCCCUCUGCAGCGGAUUCUGUGGAGGCCUUCGCCGUCGGAGCCAAUAAGGACGUACGAGAUGCUACGCUACGGGUGA